AAAGAGACAGCCACAAAAAGUCGUUGCGAGUUCCUUUGGAUGCUCAAUAGUUCGGGCCUCGGGGGGUCAAAAAUUGGAUAUUGUGUUGAAGAAGGCGAGCUCCUUUUCCGGGCAUUUUGAAGAAAACCUGAAACCCUCGAAACGCCUCCCCUUUCGUCGGCUUUCACGACGAAAGCCUACUGCGGAGACGCCGCGAUGUCGGCCAUGAAUUCCAAUUUCCCAGCUCUGCAAUGCGAGGACACUCUCCGUGCGAUCCUGGAGAAGCUCCCGGUGCCUGACUUGGCCCGCGCCGCGUGCGUUUGCUGGCUCUGGAAUACGGUAGCCUCCGACCGGGAUUUGAGGAUCCGGGCAUUCAUGGCUCCCUGGAAGCUCAAGAACAUCAUCGGAAACCCUAGCUCUGGUACUUUCUGGAAAGACAAUUGCAUCUCCAAAUUCGCCAUUUCUCAUCCAAUUGCCCGCUCUGAUAGUGUUUCUAGCCUUGCUGUCAAGUACUCUGUCCAUGUUAUGGAUAUAAAACGUUUGAACAACAUGAUUAGUGACCAUGGAAUAUACUCAAGGGAGAGGUUACUCAUCCCCAUUAGCAAUCGUGACGUGCUGAUUGAUGGGACAUGCUAUGUGGAGCUGGAUUCCUAUGCAAAAAGGGAAGUGGCAGUGCUGUAUCUUGAGGGAGGCCCUAUUGGAAAGCCUAAAUGCCUGUCGAGAGAGUUCGCUGCAUCUGGACAUGGUGAAAGAAUGGUGAUUGACUCCCUGAGGAGGAGCAUGCAAGUUGAUGAUGGGACUGCUCAGUACUACUUGGCAGUGUCCAAUGGCGAUCCACGAACAGCCAUUGCACAAUUUUCAGAUGAUCUAAGGUGGGAAAGGCGGGUUGGGCUGGCUUGAUUUUGGCAUCAACUAUCUGUGUUGUUUCAGAUAUGCAACAUCAUCCUCAUUUGAAGUAAAUCUGGAAGAAUCCCAUGGAGGGCGAAUUUCUGAUUCGAUCAAAACACCAGAGCAGGAAAGUCCUUUAUGCCAUUCUUGUCUCUCCUGACCUCCCUAGGGCUGAUAUUGUACUCUCAAAUAUAAUGUAUUUCGAUUCUGUGUAUUGUUUCUUGUCUAAUGUUUGACAUGUCUGAAUUGACAUGCAGAUUGAAGCUCAUAAUAUGUAAUUAAGUAAGUUAGUUGAAUAGAAAAUGACGCAUCAAAUAUCGUUUGUCGAAUCAAGAACAGUAUACAGGAACAGAGGGAGUAUAACAAAAGGUAGAUACAAGC